AAAUCGUACAGACCCCAAAUUUCUGCAUUAGAAGUUGGCAGUAGAUUGCAUUAAUGGUUAAUGUAAUGUCACAUCACGACUUUUACAUAAAAUAAUAUGUAUUUGUGUAAUUGACAAAUGACAAAUGAUGUUGAAUUUUUUCAACAUCAAGAAUGUAGGUUAAAAUUUACAGCAUAGCUUGGUACCGAAGCUUACACAUAUGCGCCCAUUUCAUGCACUCUGUCAAUUAAUAUGUGGCCAUAAAACAGUGGGUAGUUUUAAAAUAGUUUUAGAUGAAGUAUGUCAAACUGCAGGACGCUGCGGUCACUGCUUGAAAUUUAUUCUCUGCUUGACUUCCUCUCUCAGAUCUUCUUCCUCCUUCCAUGGGGAUGGGAAGAGCUCCAGGGGAUUGGAGCAGACACCUGGCUCUCCAGAUUCCAGGCAAAGUCAUUUUGCAGAAGGAGACGGCUCGCCACGCAGCCCCUUCUGUACUGGAGUGGAGGAUCCCUUCAGCCAGACUGAGGAUGAACAGCAGGCUGUGCUGCCAUGGGAAUGCAGGUCGUUUCCCUUGCAGGAGUCAGAACUCAAGUGGCUGCAGGAGGAGGAAGAGGCGGAGCCCGAUGAGGACCCGUGCACCUCCAGCGGUCGCAGCCAAAGCACGGACUCAGGCAUCUCUGUGGGCAGCCUGGAGCUCUCCCCGAGGACCCCUCAACCCCCUCAGCAGCACUCAGGCACAGAGCAAGCCACCCCUCACACACUGCCCUGCAAACCAGCCACCCCGACGACAUUCUCUACAGCUCAGGAUUCUCCCAAACUUCCUCUUUCCUUGUACUCGUCCUCUCCGUUAUCAUAGCGCAUCAUUUGUCCAGCCGUUUUUCUGCUCUAAUACGAAAACAAAACCACAUGUCCCAAUGCCAUUGACCCUGUCAACCUAUUUAUCUAACCACGAGCACCUUGUGUCCUCAUUCCCUGAACCCUCUGGAGCCUUACAUAAACCACAGAGCCUAUUAUUUAUAAUCUUCCCUCAAACCCUCACCCACUCGCCCAAUAACAAGUGCAUCUCCACCAACAGCCCAGUUUCCCAAUUGAGCGUCUCUGGUCCUUCCUUAUACAUCCUUUCAACUCUUCUUCACCAGCCUGCCCCCGAUACAGCUGCCGUUCAAUCUGACGCUACUGUAAUGAACAGAUGGUGUUUUUCCAUUGUUUUUUCAUUUUUUGGACCUGCCUAAAGCUUUUUCUCCAGCUAUGUCAGUCAGUCAUUUUGCUUUUUAGUUAAAUCAUUGUUUAAAGCUCAAUGCUGUUUUCACAGAUCAAGAUGUUACGCCAACAAAGGGCGAGCCCAAAUUGAAAGCUCUUGGAUAUUAAUCUCCAUACAAAGGCACUACAUAUUACCCUCAUUUUCUGUGACUUAGUUACCUUAUUCAUGUGUUGUAUUGUAUGUAUUCCGCAGAGAUGUAUGUG